CACAACUCCCAUUUCCUGCACGCGAUUCAAGUCAGGUCACCCCUCCUUGUCAUGCACAUAUGCUCUCCUAGGCAGCAAUUCUCGACUGAAGUCUAGGUCUACAAGCUUACAAAAGUUACAUCUACACCCUUUCCAACACCUUGGCCUAAAUGCCUCUCAAGCGAGUAUCAGGCGACAAACGAAGUGCAGGGAAAAGGGAGCCAACCAGACCACUAGGUCUGAGCCCACGCCGUUCCAGCAAGAGGCCUCGAUGGCAUCAGAAGAGCCGGGAGAUUCAGGAUCAGGCACAGGAGCAGGAGCAGGCAAAGGAUCAUUUCAAUGAUCGGAGCCGAUUCCUCUCCUAUCCCACGCAUAAAGUCAAUCGCCUCCUCGAGCCUGGGCCUGUGGUACUCGUUACCACCGGGUCUCUAGCCGAUCGGACGCACAAUAUCAUGACAAUGGGCUUUCACAUGAUGAUCCAACACGAGGAACCAACACUGGUCGGCGCAUGUAUUGGACCGUGGGACAAAAGCUUUGACAACCUGAAAAGAACCGGCCAAUGCGUGCUUGCAGUACCGGCUGCGGAGCUGCUGGAGCAAGUGGUUGAUAUUGGCAAUUGCAGUGGCGAAACGGUGGAUAAGUGGGAUGCAUUCGAAAUGAUCCCUGUGGAGCCACCGGAAUCGCCGUUACCGCCAGAGACCGAUCCAGAACUUGAAGAUGGAGAAGAAAAGGGGCAGAGUUACAUGGAGCUGGAAAGGACUGCCCGUGCGCCACUGGUUGGUGGGAAGGAUAUCAUGGCCAACAUCCAAUGUGUGGUUCAUGAUCGAGCGUUGGUGGCAACGUACAACUUGUGGAUACUGCGGGUUGUCCGCGCAUGGGUGAACAGAGACCUCGACCUGAACUAUGGGCAGAGCAAUCAGCAACUAGAGGAGCCCAGCGGUGCUGUUGGUGGCGGGAAGAGGCAGAUGAGGAUGGUGCACCAUCGUGGGGACGGCAGGUUUGUGGUGGAUGGUGAGGAGCUCGACUUGAGGGAUAGGAUGAUCAAAUGGGAGGAGUUUCAGGACUAAGUCUGUCAGAAACACUAGGUUUCAUCCGCCCAUUGUUUGAUCAUGGUACCUGUCUCAGAUAUACCUCUGCAGCCAGGGUGAAGGCGCGUUCCUGGACCCAACAGUGGGAGCCACCUGUGGCUGGUCAGCAGAUCGCAGGAAUCAUGCAGGUGAGAGGCACUAUCACAAUUCAAGCACCUCAUCCGCUUAAGCAGGAUGUGCGAAACGUCUAGAACAAUACCUCUCUUGGUAUAGUCGUGCCUGAAAUUGCGCUCGUAGCAGGUCCGCACAGUUGAGCGGCAAAUGCUGCACCAACACGUUGGUUUGCGG